CCCUUCCCCCGCCCCUCGCCUCAGUUCCGGUACAAGACCCGCGUUUACAAACAGACCAACCUGGACGAGAAGCAGCUGGCCAAGCUGCACACAAAGACCGGACUGAAGAAGUUUCUGGAGUACGUGCAGCUCGGAACGUCGGACAAGGUGGCACGGCUGCUGGACAAGGGGCUGGACCCCAAUUACCACGACUCGGAUUCAGGAGAGACCCCCCUGACGCUGGCUGCCCAGACGGAAGGCUCCGUAGACGUGAUUCGAACUCUGUGCCUGGGCGGGGCCCACAUCGACUUCCGAGCCCGGGAUGGCAUGACAGCCCUGCACAAGGCCGCGUGCGCCCGGCACUGCCUGGCUCUCACGGCACUCCUGGACCUCGGGGGCUCCCCCAACUACAAGGACCGCCGGGGGCUGACCCCUCUGUUCCACACGGCUAUGGUGGGGGGCGACCCCCGCUGCUGCGAGCUGCUGCUGUACAACCGGGCCCAGCUGGGAGUGGCUGAUGAGAACGGCUGGCAAGAGAUCCACCAGGCCUGCCAGCGGGGUCACUCUCAGCACCUGGAGCACCUGCUCUUCUACGGGGCUGAGCCCGGAGCCCAGAACGCCUCGGGGAACACGGCGCUGCACAUCUGCGCCCUCUACAACAAGGAGACCUGUGCUAGGAUCCUCCUCUAUCGCGGGGCCAGCAAGGACGUGAAGAAUAACAAUGGACAGACCGCCUUCCAGGUGGCAGUGAUUGCUGGGAAUUUUGAACUGGGGGAGCUGAUUCGAAACCAUCGAGAGCAGGACGUGGUGCCCUUCCAGGAGUCCCCCAACCCCCGGGGCGCCCGGGCUCGCUCCCCAUCCCGAGGGAGGCACCCCGAGGAGGCCAAGAGGCAGCCCCGUGGACGGCCCAGGUAGGGAGGGCUCAGCCCUGGUCCCAGGGACAGACCCCAACCCGGCCAGAUCCCCUCCUCAGAGCCACCAGGCCCCAUGGGCAGCCGCGGGCGACGCAGGAAGCUCUACUCGGCCGUGCCCGGACGCUCCUUCAUGGCCGUGAAGUCCUACCAGGCCCAGGCCGAGGGGGAGAUCUCCCUGAGCAAGGGCGAGAAGAUCAAAGUGCUCAGCAUCGGGGAAGGAGGCUUCUGGGAAGGCCAGGUCAAAGGUCGCGUCGGCUGGUUCCCCUCGGACUGCCUGGAAGAGGUGGCCAACCGCUCCCAGGAGGGAAAGCAAGAGAGCCGCAGUGACAAGGCGAAGAGGCUGUUCCGGCAUUAUACCGUGGGCUCCUACGACAGCUUUGAUGCCCCCAGGUAUCGUAUUGGGGUGCUCGCGCAGACCCCCAUCGAGGAGUUCACCCCCACCCCGGCCUUCCCGGCCCUGCAGUAUCUGGAGUCGGUGGACGAGGGCGGCGUGGCAUGGCGCGCGGGACUGCGCAUGGGCGACUUCCUCAUCGAGGUGAACGGGCAGAAUGUGGUGAAGGUGGGCCACCGCCAGGUGGUGAACAUGAUCCGCCAGGGGGGCAACACGCUGAUGGUGAAGGUGGUGAUGGUCACCCGGCACCCGGACAUGGACGAGGCCGUCCACAAGAAAGCACCCCAGCAGGCUAAGCGGCUCCCGCCCCCAGCCAUCUCCCUGCGUUCCAAGUCCAUGACCUCAGAGCUGGAGGAGAUGGAGUAUGAGCAGCAGCCGGCGCCCGUGCCCAGCAUGGAGAAAAAGCGGACCGUGUACCAGAUGGCGCUCAACAAACUGGACGAAAUUCUGGCGGCAGCUCAGCAGACCAUCAGUGCGAGCGAGAGCCCCGGGCCCGGGGGCCUGGCCUCCCUGGGCAAACACCGGCCCAAAGGCUUCUUUGCCACCGAGUCGAGCUUCGAUCCCCACCACCGCUCGCAGCCGAGCUAUGAACGGCCUUCCUACCUGCCUCCAGGACCUGGGCUUAUGCUCCGGCAGAAAUCUAUUGGGGCCGCAGAAGACGACAGGCCUUACCUAGCGCCCCCGAGCAUGAAGUUCAGCCGCAGCCUGUCCGUGCCUGGUUCGGAGGACAUCCCCCCGCCUCCCACCACGUCCCCACCCGAGCCCUGGGCCCGGGGAGGCAGCGGGGGCAGCGGGGACAGCCACCACGGGGGAGCCAGCUACGUCCCCGAGAGGACCUCCUCCCUGCAGCGGCAGAGGGCCCCCAGCCCCUCGCUGCUGCCCACUUCGGAGCACAAGGUCAGCCCUGCGCCCCGGCCCUCGUCCCUGCCCAUCCUGCCUUCUGGACCCCUGUACCCGGGCAUCUUUGACGUCCGCAGCUCUCCCACUGGAGGGGCCGGAGGCUCGGCCGACCCCUUCGCCCCCGUCUUUGUGCCGCCACACCCGGGGAUGUCCGGGGGCCUCGGGGGAGCCUUGUCCGGGGCCUCCCGCUCCCUCUCGCCGACCCGCCUGCUUUCGCUGCCCCCGGACAAGCCUUUCGGCGCCAAGCCUCUGGGGUUCUGGACCAAGUUCGACGUGGCUGAUUGGCUCGAGUGGCUGGGCUUGGCCGAGCACCGAGCCCGCUUCCUGGACCACGAGAUCGAUGGCUCGCACCUGCCCGCCCUGACCAAGGAGGACUACGUGGACCUGGGCGUCACCCGGGUGGGCCACCGCAUGAACAUCGACCGGGCUCUCAAAUUUUUCCUGGAGAGGUGAUGGCUGGCUUGGACGGACCAGCCCCGUCCACAGAACCCUGGAGCUCGCCGGCCUCUGGACCUCUGACCCUUGACCCUUAUUCUCUCCCUGGGCCGGGGACCAUGCUACACCCGUGCCCUGCCGUCAUCUCCCGAGGCUGGAGGUCACCCGGUGGCCUGAUUCCAGCCAGACAUUUGCACCUCACAGGAGGGGGCAGCUAAUGGAGACUGUGUGUGCAGCUGGGAGCCGAGGGGGUGGGCAUGGAAGACAUCAGAGGGGGAUGGAGGAGGAGGAGGGAAGGGGGGACUGACAGAGCCAUAGAGGGCCAGCCCCGAGCCUGACUGGGUGGGGGCGUCGUUCCCCAGGCCGCAGGGGAAGGGGGUGCCCUCAGAUUCCACCACCUGCCACCCCUCUAACAACCCUUUCCCCCCCUUCUCCAGGCCCCUCCGUUCUCCCCGCCUCCCCUCUCCCAAGCACACACAGCGGCCCC